UUAGUAAUAACAAGAAAAGCGAUCGUUUAAAAAGUUGUUGAGAUGCCGAAGUUAUAACUCUUUGAUCCGUAACUGUUUUUUUCUUGCUGUUGCGAUGCUCAAACAGUGAAAGAUUUAAAAAUGAAUCAUUUUAGAAACUCUCCGGUUUUAAAAUACGCGUUGGGUAUAUUUAUCGUACAAAUAGUUACUGUGUAUUUAUUUAUAAAAGCUACACAUUAUUUUUCAAACUUAAAUGACAUUUUGACUUUGAAUAAGCGAGGCGUACAAGGAGAAACAAAAUAUGGCAGUCAACAUGAACUGAAAGACUAUAACGUGAAGUGGAGUAAAGUAAAACUACUAGACAAAGUUCCAAAAGAACUUAUGCACGAUAAAUGGAUUGUUUUAACAACAAUUAACCCUCCGACUGAAGAUGUAAAGAAAUUGGCUGCUAUACCAGAUUGGAAAGUUGUUGUAGUCGGAGAUACAAAAUCACCAAAAUACUGGAGUUAUCCUAACUGUAUUUUUUUGGAUGUGAAGAAACAACUUGCACUUGGUUAUCAAACUACUAAACUGCUUAAAUAUAAAAGUUAUGCUCGCAAAAGUAUCGGAUUUUUGUAUGCUAUCCAACACGGUGCGAAGGUGAUUUACGAAACUGAUGACGAUAACAGCCCAACAAUCGGUAAAAUCGGAUUCGAUCCCGAAUCAUCACUUAAUUAUCUUGUUUACCACACAAACACGCGCAGUGUUGUCAACCCUUAUGCUCAUUUUGGACAAAGUUCGAUUUGGCCUCGCGGUUACCCCCUAGAUAAAAUCGGUGACGAGCCAAUACAUACAUUUCGUCAAUGCAAUAAGCAAAGAGCACUAGUUCAGCAGGGGGUAGUAAACGGAGAUCCAGAUGUAGAUGCGAUUUAUAGAAUUACGCGAAAAGAUGCUAAUGUUAACCUGACUGUAUCGUUCGAUUCAAAUGCUAAACCUGUUUUACUACCGAAAGGUAUCAUGGCGCCAUACAAUUCCCAGAAUACAUUGCAUUUGUAUGAUGCAUUCUGGGGUCUCCUGUUACCACAGACUGUCGCUUUUCGCGUGUGUGAUAUCUGGCGAGGUUAUUGGACGCAAAGACUUUUGUGGGAAAUAGAUGGUAAUUUAGCUUUCUUUCCGCCCAACGCCUUUACAUUUCGAAACGCCCACAACUAUUUAGAAGAUUUUAUCGAUGAAAAACAAUUAUAUCAUGAUUCUGGUCGAUUUGUCAACUAUCUGAAAGCAUGGAGAAGCGAUAAAAAACAUUUCUUCGACAGAGUGAUAGAUCUAAGUUUCAGUUUAGUCUCGGAAAAUUUCUGGGAAAGUGACGAUACGUUGCUAGUAAAAUAUUGGCUGAUGGACCUUGUCAGCAUCGGAUAUAAGCCACCGACAAUUGGAGCUAAAAGUGGUCCGUGCGAUAGCGAGGUUAGUACUGUUCUCCCGAACGAACAAGCUUCAUCUUAUUUACGAAGCAAAAACACACUGAAGAAAUUAGAGUAGAUAUUUUUACAUAUUUUUGGGAUCGAGGUUGCUAACAAUGCUUUACAAUUUUCUCUACAAAACCACAAUAUCGCUAUUUUUCUCAAACCGUGCACACUCGUAAAAUAACACUAACAUAACCUUGAAUACUUAAAUCUGAUCGACGUGUGAUUAUAUUUCUAAAAAUUCCGCCAUUUUACUUGUAAAUCACGUGACAACGUGAUAUGGAAGUUAUAUUUGCAAGACCUGAAUUAAACAGCGGAGUUAUAAAUUACUUAUAAAUACACAAUUCACCCCGUAUAAUCUUACUUAUGUAAACAAUGACUAAAUAAUUUUUUCAGGGUUUUUCGUUUUUACAUAAAGUGUAACCUGGAUACCCAGCUACACUUUUACAGAUUUGGUCACGUGACGUCGGAUGUAAAUAAAUUCCGUGGUCACCUAGCCCUUGUUUUGUUAAAAUAAGAAUGUUAAGCCUGGUUUAGACUGACUUGCGUUGCGUUUGCGGAAGCAGAGUACGCAUGCGCACUUGUUCAAAUUUCAAACAUUGGCGGAAGGAUUUUGUUAAAGUUCUAGCGACAUGGACGAAGACGAAGCUGUAAUUUUUUAAGUUUUACACUUUUUAUUAUUUGUUUAUCUUUUUUUAAAUGAAAAUGAUAUAGAAAAAUUUUUACA